GUUGUUUACCUGUCCUGUGGAUAAUGGCCGACAUGGGCUUCCCUCUCUGAGAUGUCUCCUGUGCAGCAGCUGGGACAGAUGGGAGGUGGUAGGGCCUGGUGUGGUACUUCCUGCCCCAAGUUGGAGGUGCUGCUUCUGGGCUGGGAGUUUGGGGGAACAGGCUUGAUGGGCCUAGGCACCUGGUGGAGGUUGGCAUUAUCUCUGGUCCUGCUUGUCUCCUUGCCAGACAGAACAGCCAAUGCUCGUGUGUCUUCCAGCCUGAGCACCACACAUCACGUCCACCACUUCCAUAACAAGCACGGGACUGUACCCAUCGCCAUUAACAGGAUGCCCUUUCUUACUAGAGGGGGCCACGCUGGGACCACAUAUAUAUUUGGGAAAGGAGGCGCUCUCAUUACAUACACAUGGGCACCAAAUGAGCGGCCAAGCACGAGAGCGGACCGGCUGGCCGUUGGUUUUAGCACUCAGUUGAAAGAUGCCAUCCUGGUGCAGGUGGAAAGCACACAAGGCCUAGGAGACUUCCUCCAGCUACACAUAGAACAAGGAAAAAUCUGUGUCAUCUUCAACGUAGGCACCGAUGACAUCACCAUAGACGAGCCAGCUGUCCUCGUGAGCGAUGGCAAGUACCACGUAGUGCGCUUCACCCGCAGCGGGGGUAAUGCCACCCUCCAGGUGGACAACCAACCCGUCAUCGAGCGCUACCCAACAGGCAACUUUGAUAAUGAACGGCUGGCUAUAGCCAGGCAAAGAAUCCCAUACAGACUCGGUCGGGUAGUUGACGAGUGGCUACUCGACAAAGGGCGGCAAUUGACUAUCUUCAACAGCCAGGCAGCCAUUAAGAUCGGAGGCCAAGAUAAAGGCCGGCCAUUCCAGGGUCAGAUCUCAGGCCUGUAUUACAACGGGCUGCAGGUGCUGAAGCUGGCAGCUGAGGCCGACCCCAGUGUUAAAGUGGAGGGCAACCUGCGCUUGGUGGGAGAUGCGCCAUCGGUACUGGCCACGGAGACCACUUCGGCAACGCCUCCAGCCGCCAUGGACAUGUCCACCACCAUUAUGGAGACCACAACCACCAUGGCCACCACCACCACUAGAAGACAGCGCUCACCCAGCCUCAAGGACAGCAUAACACAGAACUCUGAUGACCUGUUGGUGGCGUCGGCCGAGUGCCCCAGUGAUGACGAGGAUCUGGAGGAGUGUGAGCCCGGAACUGGAGGUGAAUUAGUCUUGCCCAUAAUUACCAUGGACACCCAAGACCCCCAGUCUGUGGCCCCUCAUUACCCUGCAAUCCCCCCUCCCCCUACAUCCCUGAGCCCCCUCCAGACCACCAAAGAGUCCCUUGUUCUGUCUGAGCCAAGGCCACCGUGCCCUCCAGACCAGGAGGACUGCGGCGAGCCCAUGGAGGUGUCAGCCUUCGGCUCGGGGGAGAUGACCGAGUCCGAUGACGAGGACUUCUAUAAAAACUCCCCGAUGGUCACUGAUAGGACAGUGCUGCCUCCUCCACCUGGUGUGGGCAAAAGUGGAGGCCAAAAGCCUGGUGCCCAUCGCCCUCAUGCUCACCCCGCCCCCCCUGACCCGACAACCCACCCCGACGCGCUACACAUCCCUGCGGGUAAAAUGAACACCCGUGACCAGGUGCUCCUCCCCCCCGCCCCAUCCUCCCGCCUUACUCCGGGACUAACUUACCCGCCCGAUUUCCCUCGUGUGCCCACAGCUCGGCCCUCGGCUUCCGUAGAGAGGGGCCUCCCCGGUGCAGUGGAGGUGAUCCGCGAGUCUAGCAGCACCACUGGAAUGGUGGUGGGUAUCGUCGCAGCAGCCGCCCUCUGCAUCCUGAUCCUCCUGUACGCCAUGUACAAGUACCGCAACCGUGACGAGGGAUCCUACCAGGUGGAGCAGAGGCGUGGCUCCGGCAGCGAGAGCAACGGCGCCGUGGUCAAAGAGAAGACGCCGGGCUCGACCGCCUCCAUGUCCAAGACCGUUGCGAAGGGGAAGAAAAACAAAGACAAGGAGUAUUACGUCUGAGAGAGGAGUGAGAGAGAAAGAGAGAGAGAAAGAUGGUGGGUUGAUGAUUUUAGAGCGUAAAUCACCUCCUCCUCAUUCUCAUCCGCAAACAUUUAAACCUUCGGUGGAAUUUUGAAAAAGUUACGAGGCAGUAAGGUAAAUCUGGAAAGAGGGAGCGGUAAGGGAAGCCACUAAUGAUAAAGGAAGCGAAUGGCCGUGUCCUGGGUGUCGCCGUACAUCGCCAUUUUAACCUUAUUUUAUCCCCUUUUGUGCCUCAAGGAGAUCAUCCAUUACAGUCCAGAUGAUGAAAUGUCAUUCAUUCUCUUCGCAAUUUAAAAUUUGCCGUUUCCAAAGCGCAGGAAUCUUUAGAGGUUAAUGAAUCACCAUGGAAAGGGAGAGAACUCACACAACACUAACUCAUCAGCAGUCCUCUCCGGUGUCUGCUGCUUUCUGAAUCCUUUUGGCUAAUUUUAAUGUGAAAUCGAUUAUAUCCUGCAAUUUGAACUAUAUAAAAAAUGUAAUUACCCUUGAUGUCAUUAUUCACACUGAGUGGUAAAUAGUAUGUGAAGUAUCAGGCAAGCGAACGUUCCUGUUAAUUCACUUCUUCUUUUUUUCAGAUAUUUAAUUAUGCGCUUGGUAAGAAAAACAGGUCGGCAGCUUUAACGCUCAAUAUUUCUGUGACCACAUUUCCCUCGUAACAGGGUAUUAGAGAAAGAAAAAGGGUCAGAGUAUGUGCUGUGUACUUUUUUGGCCACCUUUAAGUAAAAAGGGAGUGCUAAUUAGCUGCAUGUGUCCUUUAAGGAAUCUAUCGACGAUUCACC